GCUAAGCCCAUAUCCACUUCAAUUAAGAAUACAACAUUCUGUCAAAUAACGUUCAUACACUAUGUUGCCUCAUCAUCAUUUAUGGUGCAUUUCUUUGAGUUUACAACAGGUAAUGAUUUUUGCUGCUCUUAUAUGGUUCCCCAUAUGUGGCAGAGCAACGGUAAAGCUACCGGAGGGGCGGGUUAUGCCGGCAGUCAUAGGCUUUGGGGAUUCCAUCAUUGAUCAAGGAAUGAACAACUACAUCACUACUGUUGCAAAGUGCAACUUUCCUCCAUAUGGGGAGGACUUUAUGGGUGGAAAGCCAAACGGACGCUUUAGCAAUGGCAAGAAUCCUAUUGAUCUAAUAGCGGAGGAAUUGGGAAUCAAAGAGCUUGUCCCUGCUUACUUAGACCCCAGUUUGCAACCCGAAGAUCUGAAAACAGGAGUAAGCUUUGCAUCUGGAGGCACAGGAUAUGACCCUCAAACAUCACAAAGUCUAUCAGUUGUCCCAAUGUCAACGCAAUUGAACUACUUCAAAGAGUAUCUGGGAAAACUGAAGACCGCAUUUGGCGAAGAAGAAACAAAGUUCAUAACUGACAACAGCUUGUUCUUGGUGGUAGCUGGAAGUAAUGACAUUGCCAACACGUAUUUCACCCUCGGACUCCGUCGUUUACAAUACGACGUCAAUUCCUACACAGAUCUAUUGGUCCAGAAGGCUUCCAGUUUCAUUCAAGAAUUGUAUGGAAUGGGAGCUAGAAGGAUUGGGAUAUUCAGCCAGGUACCGGUAGGGUGUGUGCCAGCAGAGAGGACGUUGGGAGGCUACGGUUUAGGUUGUGCAGAGAAAUACAACGAAGCAGCAAUAUUGGUCAAUUCUAAGUUUCUAGCCGAGAUUAAUUCCCUAAAAGAGAUGUUACCUCAAGCCAAGCUGGUUUUCCUAGACGCUUACCAACCAAUUCUCAACCUCAUCCAAAACCCUGGGCAAUAUGGUAUAGAGGUAACUGAUAGAGGGUGUUGUGGGACUGGGAACUUAGAAGUUGCAAUUUUGUGUAAUAAAUUCUCACCGACAUGUGAAGACCACAAAAAGUAUUUCUUUUGGGACAGCUUUCAUCCCACAGAACAAGGCUACAGGAUCAUUGUAAACCAGAUCCUGCCUAAGUACCUCCCCAAAUUCUUUUAAGUAAUAUAAGAAAAUACCAAUUCACCAAAAAGAUUACGACGCAGUCAGCACCCACACUGAGACGUUUGCCC